AUGGGUGGAAAAACACGGCCCCUCAACAAAGACGACCUUGUUUGGCGUCGAUACCUGCGUCUGAAAAUGUUCCGCGAGGAUCACGGCUCCUGGAUGACCAUGUUCUUCAGCACCAUCCUUUCCCUCUGCAUCUUCUCCAACAUCUACAACCUCAUCCUGCUGAUGGCUGGGAACAUGGAGCCUUACUUUGUCCAGCUUUAUGUUGGCUUGGCUGGGCUAAACUUUAUCAAAAUGGCGUUUAUCGGCCGCUGGAUGGGGGGCUAUAUUACUGCGUGGUCGGUGACAGAUAUGAUGCUGCAGGAUAAGAAGUACCCAGAUUGGGGGAAAGCUGCCAGAAGGUUCUGGAAAAAAGGCAAUCAUAGGAUUGUCCUCUUCUGGACCGUGCUCUCCUCCCUGACGUCACUCGUGGUUCUGUUCAUCCUCACCAGCUGGAUCAACUGGGACAGACUGAACCGAGGCUUCCUGCCCACCGAUGAGCUCUCAAGAGCCUUCCUGGCCUCCUUCAUCUUGGUCUUCGACCUCCUCAUUGUCAUGCAGGACUGGGAGUUCCCUCACUUUAUGGGUGACCUGGACUUGAAUCUGCCGGGAAUGUCCACCGCACAUAUGCAGUUGCAGCUUCCUCGUUGGACGAAAAUAUUUAAAGAGGAGUAUCGAAUUCACAUCACCGGCAAGUGGUUCAACUACGGCAUCAUCUUCCUAGUCCUCAUUUUGGACCUCAACAUGUGGAAGAACCAGAUAUUCUACUCGCCCUUCGAGUAUGGUCAGUAUGUGGGGCCCGGCGACAGGAUCUACAUCGUGUACGAAGCCGACACGCUCAAUAAUCUCAACAUCAGCACGCUGACCUUUGCCUGGCGCUCCGACAAUGUGAAUCCUGCCACCAACCGCAGCUACACGGAGGGAGACCUUUUGAUGUACAGCCGCUACAUCGGCCACGGCAUGAACACCUAGUUCAUGGCCUUCAUCCCAACCCUGGGGGCGUUCGUCCUCUUCGGCUCGUUCAUCUCGUUGUUGGGGCGCUUCCAGAAAAGCGAGAACUUCCAAAACCAAAACAAGGACAAAAGCUAAAAGAGGAUCCAGAGGAAGUCCCCAUCGGCGUGCAGAAAGGAGAUGGGCGUCACCCCUGAGGAGACGGACAGCGCCGUGAUUAAUAACCUCAAACUACUGGGGAUGCCCGUGCUGCUCUCGCCGGACGCAACGAUUACGGCGGAAACCCGAGAGACGAACCCGAGUGUUGUGAUUGACAACGUGGCUCAGGAAGAACUGGACGUCUUUUCUGACCCCAACACACACGCACCCAAAUCCUGA